AUGUCGUCGAGGAUCGCGAGAUUAUGGCAGCCAGGAAACCCUCAGAUUCGAUGUUUUUUGCCGGAUUUCUGGAUGAGGUUUAACGAAACAUACGAUGUGGGAUAUCAAAGACUUCCUCAAAAUGCAGCGGAGUUUGAGGUGGAUCCUCAAAUGACCAAAUUUGAUAUUAGACAGUACUUGGAAAAGAUCUACAAUCUUCCAGUAAGGGAAGUUCGCACCAGAGUAAGUUAUUUUUCUUCAUUAUUUUUGUUACUUCUCAGAAUGUCAUGGGAAAGAUGAAGUAUGACAACCCCUUCAGUCACCGCUACAGAAGAGCGUAUUUCAAGGAACCUGAUCAAAAAUACGCCAUUGUGUUUUUCGUAAGUUAUGGGUGUAGAUAACGCAUUUUUAUGAAUUUAGAAGAAAGGAACAGUAAUCGAACACGAGGUAUUCGAAGAUCCUAAAGUCAUAAACUCCUUGAAGAAACAGUUCGCAACCAUGGAGAAACAGGCCGAUGCACAGACUCACAAUGAGAAGUUUGCAAAUCGAAAUCGUGGGAGGGUCGGCCGUUUAUUAGACUAA